UUGAUUCAUUUGUUUCAAUUCUAUAGUUCUCUCUACUCAAUAUUCUCUCAAACAAUAUGUCUAAAUUUGACAACUCCAAUGUCCUUAGCAUUUGCAAAACAGUCCUAAUUUGUGGUCUAGUCUUAUAUGUGACAACCAUCAUUGUUUUCAAUGACUCUAGUUGUCCAUCAUCUGAUCUUUUGUCUUCAUUAAAAUUCACAACAUUACCUUCUUAUGAUUCUCAAACAAGUACAUCAUCAAAUGUUGCACAAUCCAAAAGUUCCACUAACAUUAGUCACCUUCUUUUUGGUCUUUUAGGGUCACAAAAAGCAUGGCACCAUAGAAAAUCAUAUAUUGAAUCAUGGUGGAGACCAAAUGUUACAAAAGGAUAUCUUUUACUAGAUGUUCCUCCUCAAGGUGAUCUUCUUCCAUGGUCUUUAAAUUCACCUCCUUAUAAAAUAUCAGAUGAUGUUCCAAAACUUGUUGAUGAGACCAAACAUGUCGAUGCAACGGUUCUAAGGUUGGUUCAUGGGAUAAUGGAGGUGUUUAGAGAGGAAUAUGAAGGUGUAAGAUGGCUAGUUAUGGGAGAUGAUGAUUCAAUAUUUUUCUUGGAUAAUAUGAUUGAUAUUCUUGCACAAUAUGAUCAUACGAAAUAUUAUUAUUUUGGAGGACAGUCGGAAUUUAUAUUAUCAAAUUAUUGGUACUCAUUUAAGCAAGGUUUUGGUGGUGCUGGAUUUAUAUUGAGUUAUCCUUUGGCUAAAGCAUUGGCAAGAGAUAUGAUGUCUUGUUUAAAGAGAUAUGCUCAUUUGAAUGCUGCUGAUAAAACAACAAUGACUUGCAUUGCUGAUAUUGGUGUCAAUCUUUCUCCUCUUUUAGGUGUUCAUCAGAUUGAUUUACGUGGUGAUCUAUCAGGAUUUCUAUCAUCUCAUCCAAAGUCUCUAUUAAUGUCACUUCAUCAUUUUGACAUGGUUGACCCAAUUUUUCCCUCUAUGGAUCGUGCACAAUCAGGAUAUCAUCUCCUAAAUGCUGCAAAUUAUGAUCAAUCACGAAUGUUACAACAAACAAUUUGUCACAAAAGGUCUACUAGUUGGACAUUUUCAAUUUCAUGGGGAUACUCGGCACAUAUUUAUGAGAAAAUUAUGCCUAGAAGUUGGUUACAAAAUCCAAUUGAAACAUUCAAGACAUGGGGAAAAAGUCCUAAGCCACCACAUUACAUGUUUGAUACUAGGAGACCUUCGUGGGAUCCUUGUGAAGCUCCUCAUGUUUUUUUCUUUAAGUCUGUUGAGAGAACUCCAAGAAAUGAAAUUCUUACUACCUAUGUUAGAGCAUGGCCUCGAGGAAUUGGAAAUUGUUCGUUUACUGGAAAUCAUUCUGCAGAGUAUGUAUCAGAAAUUCAUGUUUACUCACCAGCAAUAAAACGUAUUGAGAUCGAUAGAUGUGAAUGUUGUGACGUAAUUCAUGAGGCUGGAUCGAAUAAGGCUGAUAUCAAGUAUAGGGAAUGUAAGGAAGAUGAGAUAAUAGCUUGA